UACCUGCCAAUCUCUUCUGCUGCCCUCAGAGGUAAGACUGCAACAACACAGAGAGCCUGAUAAUGAGUGAUAAAGGAACAAGAGUCUUUAAGAAAGCAAGUCCAAAUGGAAAGCUUACAGUAUAUCUUGGGAAGAGGGAUUUUGUUGAUCAUGUGGACAUAGUGGAACCUGUAGAUGGGGUUGUUUUGGUGGACCCAGAAUAUUUAAAGGAAAGAAAAGUGUUUGUGACGUUAACCUGCGCCUUCAGAUACGGACGAGAGGACCUGGAUGUCCUUGGCUUAACAUUCAGGAAGGACCUUUUUGUGGCCAACAUCCAGGCCUUCCCACCAGUGCCUGAAGAGAAGAAGCCCUUAACCCGUCUACAGGAACGUCUGAUUAAAAAACUUGGGGAGCAUGCCUAUCCAUUCACUUUCGAGAUUCCCCCCAACCUGCCGUGUUCUGUUACCCUUCAACCUGGACCAGAAGACACAGGAAAGGCCUGUGGAGUAGACUUUGAAGUGAAAGCCUUUUGUGCAGAUAACGUGGAAGAAAAGAUUCAUAAGAGGAAUUCAGUGCGUCUUGUAAUCCGCAAAGUACAGUACGCACCUGAGAAGCCAGGCCCUCAGCCUAUGGCAGAGACAACUCGACAGUUUCUCAUGUCAGAUAAACCAUUGCAUCUUGAAGCAUCGUUGGACAAAGAAAUUUAUUAUCACGGGGAACCAAUAAACGUCAAUGUUCAUGUAACAAACAACACAAAUAAAACAGUGAAGAAAAUGAAGAUCUCAGUGCGUCAGUAUGCAGACAUUUGCCUGUUUAACACGGCGCAGUACAAGUGUCCUGUGGCAAUAGAAGAAGCUGAUGAUGUUGUGGCCCCUAGUGCCACUUUCUGCAAAGUGUAUACUCUGACUCCAUUCCUUGCCAACAACCAUGAUAAAAGAGGCCUGGCCCUGGAUGGAAAGCUCAAACAUGAGGACACGAACUUGGCAUCCAGCACUCUAUUAAGAGAAGGGGCAAAUAAAGAGAUCCUGGGGAUCCUGGUUUCUUACAAAGUCAAAGUGAAGCUGGUUGUAUCCCGAGGCGGCCUCUUGGGAGACCUUGCAUCAAGUGAUGUUGCUGUAGAACUUCCAUUCACUCUAAUGCACCCCAAACCAAUUGAAGAAUUAUACAGAGAAGUUCCAGAAAAUGAAGCACCCAUUGAUACAAAUCUGAUAGAAUUUGACACCAACGAUGACGAUAUUGUGUUUGAAGACUUUGCCCGCCAGCGGCUCAAAGGGGUGAAGGAUGACAAAGAGGAGGAGGACGAAGGAGCAAACUCGCCAAAGCUGAACAACAGAUAAAUAAGCUGGAGUGGCUCAGUUGCUUACUGUGGUAAUGGUGCUUAGUGCUAACAGAAGUCUGUAGAUAACCCAGAGCCCAGGAGACCUUUUAACUCACAGUGCUGCCACUGUUUUGUUCUUGUUCGCACUCUUCUUUCACUUAAACACCAGGAUGUAAAAAAACUACUUCUCAGCACACAUCUGCACACUUACAAGUCUGUCAUGUUGCGAUAACCUACACAGGUAUCAAUAUGCAGCUCAUGGCAGCAAAGAACUGUUGCAUCGAUAUCAUGUUACAACUUAAGAUAAUUUAUUAAAACCCUCAUUAAAGGACUUAAGUGGUCCUCAAUUAAGGACCUGAUAAUCUCUGCAUGGUUGCUGACAUCUUGGCUUUCAUGGUAUCAUGAGGAUCAAGUUUAAAAACAUUUAAAAAAAAAGAGAAAUGCCAUAUUCCAAGCUAUAUUUCACACUUCAUGUUUAUAUAUUUAUAUUAAUCAUGGUGUUGACACUACCAUUUGCUUUUAUAGUUAAAUACAGUGUAAUGAUAUGUACAGUGAUUCUCACAUUUGUGCUCAAGCAUCAUGGACAGGACAUUUUGUAUGUGUAAGGAGGCUGGUGUGAUGGGGCAGGGACUAAUUAACAUGGUACGUACUGUAUGUUAACAUUGAUACAGAAUUAGAAAUGCAGCAUCUUUAAUAUGUUAAUUGUUUCUUUGCCCUAUGGAGUGUGGGGCAGGGAUGGAUGUGACCUACUAUAAACUCACACACGUGAUUAAUUGAUUGUUCUGACCCCUGACCAAUGGAAAGAGUAGAUAUAUAGACCAUGCAAUGUAUCAAAGCUAAUGCAUUAUCUCUAGAUCUCCUAGAUUAUAACAUUUUCCUGACAAGGACAAACAUGGCGUCUACACAUUCCAGCCUCUACAGUCUGGCUCUGAGUUAUCGUUCAUUAUCUGAGGGGAAUACUGUAUAUGAAGAGAGAGCUGCCUUGCUAAUUCGCAUGCAAUCUGCAUAAAGAACACACGACAUGACUUAACUUUUUGUAUGUCCGGUAACUAAAGAAUGUACACAUUUUUAAAAAGAGAAAAAAAAAAGUAGUGUUAAGUUUUUAUUUGUAUAUUUUUUAAAUGUACUGUCAAUGUUAUCUGUAAAUGUCGAAAGCAUAUACUUUUGAGAUUCUGGAGAUUCUGCUUUCGGCUCCAGGUUUCCUGUAGUAUGUGAUUCCCUAACAGAACUACUGUAGCACAAAGCAUAGCCUAGGUAAGGAGUAAAAGCCCUGGGUAUGAAAUACAAUGCUUGAUACUUUGCUUCAGAGCUCUCAUUUAUAAUAGUUUCCAUUUUAAAGCAAGUAGGUUUUCUUAAAAGUUAUCUAAAAAAAGUAUGGAUCUCCUUUCUUUCUUCUUUUUUUUUUAACAAAAAAAACCUUAAGAAACAUAAUAUUUUUUGUACCGCGAUCGCAUCUUUUUUUUUCAAGUUUUAAGUUUCAUUUUAAUUUAACUUAUCAGCAUUCUUUCUGGUCAUUUUCAAUUUUAACCAGCUCUCAUAGUAAAUAUGUAGAUCUUUCCAAGACCUUAUAUUGGAAACAUAUACUGUAAUACGUCUUAUUAGCAUGAAGACAUUCUUGCUCAGAAUAAAACAAAACAGUCUAGGUUUAUUUAUUAGACUUCCCAUUUUGAAUUCUUAAAACCUGUAGUUUACCUGUAAAAAAAUAAAAAAUCCCUUGGCUGUACGAUACACAUUAUAACGUAUAGUUCAGGGGGCUCCAAAGAAGCCCCCUUAGCUACAAGAAGCAGCUCACACUUUUUAAAAGAAGAGGAAUGUACUAUUGUAUGUAAUAGUCUUUGGCCCUUACCAUGUUCUACUGUUGUUACUGUAUCAUUAUUAUUAUUAUUAUUAUUAUUAUUAUUAUUAUUAUUAUAAUAAUAAUAUUAAAGGCAGGCCACCAGGAAUAAAUUAAGUCCUGACAUAAGCCAGAUUCACAUAGGACUAAAAAUGACCACAUGAAUAGGUGGUUUCGGAAUUGUUAUGGACAUCAGUCAAAUUUAAUCCGGUGUGAAUUGUCCAUUUCUUUUUAUCCCAGAUCAUUUUCUCAGAGGUCCUCCGAUUUUUUUUACAGGACAUCUAGACCUUGUGUAAAAUUCCAAACUCAAGCAUCCUGUGUCUUUUUACUCCCGAUGCAAAUCGUCUGUGUCGUUGUUAUUUUAGAACUAAUAUAGCAUUCCUGGGGUAUUCGCCUCAAAGCAAUACCAGCCCUCACAAUAAACCAUAAUAUAAUACUAAAAUUGGUAGGCUCUGUCCUGUGAUUCUACAGUUCAGUAAAAAGCUACGAUUGGGCAUAACCAAACUGGGGACCUCCGAAAAUAUAAAACAUAAUUGGCGACUCUUAAAAAAAAAAAAAGAAAUUGAAGAUAUGUAGGGAAACAAAGAUCAGUCAAAUGAUAAAAGGUUCUUCUAGGCUUUGGAAAAGAUGGCAUAAUGAAAUUAGUCCUUUACACCCGGUUCAUUGUUUACAAAUCCUGCAAAAAAGUGCCUUCUCUGGCCACAAUAUCGCAUUUCAUUUUGAAUUUACCAACUUUCCUUGAUGAAAAGUAAUCCACGUCUGGGAGGUUAUUACACAUCCUCUGCUUUUCACCAACUCUGAGGAAACCUGUUUUUCAGUCCCCUGCGAAUCAUGCUUUAGAGAAUGAAUUCUUAUCCACUUGAAGUGACCCGGCAAAACUAGUUGUGGUAUGGAUUACAUCAUUAAUCAGAAUUCAAAAUGAAUAUCUGAUUGAUUAGUUCUGCAUUGUUUAAACAAAAUACAUGUUCUGAUUCUUCACUUAUAUAUAAUACAGAAAAGACAAUCCUAAUAGACAGUGGAUUAUGUAUGGUCAAAUAUAGUCACAAUUGCUGAGACCAGCAGAUACCAGUGGACUGCCUCAGCAAAUACACUGGAUUAAUAUAGGUUUGAUCUCAAAUAUAUCCUUUAUCUUUAGACAUUUUCAGAUUAACUUUGCCGCAGCCUGUUUUUUAAAUUUAGGUUUAGAACUCAAAUAGAUCUUUUUAUUUUUUACAUUUUAUUUUAAUUGUUUUGUGGCUUGAAAAAAUAUAUGUGUUUAAUCCAACAUUUUGUUAGGAUGUUUAGUACCCAAGAAAAAGCUAAUAGGGCAACAUUCUGAAAAUAAAUACACUCAUGUGCUUGUACUUGGGAGGAAUUGUUUUGCUUUUAUUCCCCUGUUGAUUUAUAACCAAGAUGUGUGAAUAAAAAUAUUAAAAUAACAGAUAUUACCUUGAAGUGCAUAUUUUAGUAAUGUUUACAGCACACAAGACAGCUAAGGUUAAUAGUGUGUUUGUUAUAAACACUAAAGGGAGUUCUGUAACACUCUCAGGACUAUUGUAACAGACUGUCUAUUUCAAAACUGUACUGUAAACUAAAAAUAGUUUUUGCAAAUAGAGGUUCUUUUUAAAAGUCUUUUUCAAUAUUUUUUACAACAAGACCUGCAGUAACACCCAAACAUUCCUAAGUAUUAAAUAAAAAGAAAACUAAAUGUUUACAUUGGAAAUGACCAGAAUUCUUCCAUUCUUCUUACCUUUUUAUUUAUGAUAGAGCUAAUUGUUAACAGUUGGUGUACGUGACUAUCUACCCUAAAAAAAAUGAAGGCUAGUAUUUCCAAAAUGAAAUGUGAUUUAUAUGCUCAUUCAUUCCGGGUGUGUUGUAUUUUUGUAAAGCUGUGACUGAACCAUUUCCAAAAUAUUGCUCUACUUGUUCCCUCUUUGUUCUAGGUUGUAUUUGUGAAGUUGAAAUAUUCUGUCAGGUCUAAAUAAAUAAUUCUAGUUUAAUUAAGCAAUGUAUGGUGUUGUAAGUUCCUUAUUUUAUACAUUCUGGAGCACAAAGAAAAACAUUACAUUGUAAGGCUAUGCUUGGAUUAAUCAACUAAUUACAUAAAUAAACAGAUAACUAACUAGAUGGUUGCAUUACAUUCUAAGUUAUCAAUUUACCAAGGUUAUGUAGGUGAAGCCUCACCCAUAUUAUUAUUGUUGUGUGUACAAAUACUUAAACCAAAAGUAUGGAAUCUUAAGUUACGUUUGCAAUCACUUUACUUUAUCACUUUUGCUUUUUGUAUUCUUAUUCUUAUUUAUUUAUUUGGCAGACAAGUUUAUCCAAUUCUUAAUUAAAUAAAAAUCCUCUGCUUCCUGUUAUGUAAUGACUUGUGUAAGCCAGUGAUGCAUUGACAGUAUGCUAGAACCCCAUUUAAGCUUCAGGAACAAAGAUAAUCCUUUACACAGUACAGCUUUGUCUGUACAGUACAGCCACACACCUUGGUUUCAGUACUCUGCCAGUGUUUAGAUAAGGGAUGUGCAAUUCCUGUCCUGGAGAGCCAUUUCAAUCAAUAUUUGGACAGUUUGUUAACCAAGUCGGCACGCUCCUGGUACUACUUGCAUCAUGCAAUUAUAUCUUCAAUAUCUGUACUAUAGCACAGGAAGCUUUUUUUUCUUAUAGUUUGUGAAGAAACGCUGGCAAAUCGUAUUUUCAGCAUGGGCUUUCAAGGUACAGCAACACCUGCUUAGUGGUAGUUUUGAGAUUGCAUAAGCGUAUCACAGGUAUUGCUCCACUGAAACAAAAUUGGCCAAUUGCCUUCUCAUUCUCUUGUGGGGUUGAGAAGAUUCUGUAAAAAAAAAAAAAAAAAAAAAAAAAGCUUAUUAAAAAUGAUCACAAAGGAUAAAUUAGUCCCACUGAGUAUAUCCUGCUAUGUCAUAAAUACCCUUUAAAUUAUAUCCUGUUGUAGCUGACCUUACUUCAGUAUGCCGUUUAAACUUUAGCACUCAAAUCCUUCCAUGUUG